AUGUUGGACCAGCGCAUUCAGGCACAGACAAGGCCUGCUAGAGGCCAGCAUCGCCGCGGUAGAGGUGUACGUCCCGCAAAACAACCCAGGCAGCACCCGAAACCAGCACCUGCCGAGGAAGAGUGGGAAGGCGUACCCUGGUACGACACCAUUGAACCUGACCCCGAUGCGCCGGUGGCCUCAACGUCGGCCCUUCCCCCCGCUCGUAAUCCUUCCCCACCCCCUUUGCCUCCAAACAACCCGCCUGUCAUUGAGGUUCCGACACCCUCGUCAUCGCGAGAUAGACCCCGCCGCGCACCCACAACACCCCCACGGCCCACGCUAGGACGGCGCCUGCGCAGUCGCUCGCCAACACCCCCAGAGGUUGCAACGCGCUCUCGCCCACGAGCACGUCGUUCCCCAGAGAGCGAGUCGCGGGUCCAACAGAGCCCCCCUGCCGUCGUCGAAGAUUUCGAGAUGGAGGAACCAGGCCCAUCUGUUGAGGAUGAAAAUGCGGAUGUUGAGAUGACCACGGACGCGCCCGCCACGGAUGUUGUGCAACCCCUGCCCAUUACACCCGACAACGAUAUGGUCAGAUGCCUGCGCCAAUCCUAUGGAUACCUCCCUGGCACAACGACGACAGCCUGCGCCGCGUCAGACUGGGAUGAACUUGUCAAAACCUUUGGGUUUACAGAGUUACUUACCCCAGAAGUUGCCCUGGACGCUCGACAACAUAUCCACAUGUUUUACAUGGCUUCCAUCGAGCCUGCGAGCACAGAAAUGCCGGCCGCCCUGUCUGAUCUCAACACGCACAGCCUGACAUCCCUGUCUCGUCUGCUGGACCUGUCGCAAAUACACCGCCCUCACCAGAAUCUUUUUGUUUUUUCAGAACCUCGUUCAGAGGAACACGAGUGGAUGUUGGGUGUCGAAACGGCGGAGAUCGCCCUCUACGUGUGUCGGCUCAGGUUAGAGCACUCCUGGGCUCGCAUCGACUCCCUCACAAAAAUGCUGCUGGAGAGAGGUGUGCCCUGUCGCACUCUCAUGGGCAUUGAAAUGUCGGGUCGCUGCUCCACUGUCCAGGAGCCAUACACCCCUCGAUCUGUCCGCCCGUCAGCGUACAAAUUUGGCGUUGAUGACUUCGAAGCAUACCGAUUGCAAUGCGAGAACAUCAUCAAACACCAACAACACGGUCGGGCUGCCUUGCUGAGGGGUGGAUUGGUGGGUAGGAUAGCCAGUGAGUUUCUGAGCGUCGACGAUGGGCUGGCUGGCCCCUCUAAGGAAAUCAUUCAGAACCGGCAGGGGUUCAUCGUGCCAGCUGGCGACACGACUUGGUGUUAUUGCGACGACCAGCUCACGGAGAACGAGCUGUCCAUUAUAUGCGGCACCUACACGCUGUACACAGCUACUAAAGGUCAAAUAACUGUAAAAUCGUGGUUCCCUCCCCCGAACCUGUGGCAGGUGCCCCCCAGCAUGAACGGAUCACAAUGGGUGGAAUGGACGCCUGCCAACGAGGCAUGGUACCGUGAACGCGUAGAAGACAUCCGCACUCGGCAGGCCCAGCCAUUAACAAGAGUGCAAUGGAAAUCAAUAUUGCGCGGCACUCCUCCCAGUAGGAAGCUUCUGGCGGCAGCGUCUCAACGAGCUCAGGCCUUUGUCAACGGGCACGUACCGGUGGUGCCAACUUAUCGUGUUUGCCCAGGCCUGUAG